AUGGAGACAGGAAAUCUCAGCCUGGGCGCAGAUUUCACCCUGGUGGGCCUUUUCCACUAUGGCCCCGCGGACACUCUGCUCUUUGCCGUCAUUGCCAUCCUCUUUGCAGUGGCUGUGAUGGGGAACGUCACGCUGGUCCACCUCAUCCGCCUGGACCGCAGACUCCACUCCCCCAUGUACUUCCUCCUCAGCCAACUCUCCAUCAUCGACAUGAUGUACAUCUCCACCACCGUGCCCAAGAUGGCGGCCAACUUCCUGUCCGGCUCCAGGACCAUUUCCUUUCUGGGCUGUGAGAUCCAAACCUUUGUGUUCUUGACCCUGGGUGCGUCUGAAGCCCUCCUGCUGGGCUUCAUGUCCUAUGACCGCUACAUAGCCGUCUGCCGGCCCCUGCACUACCCUGUGCUCAUGAGCAGGAAGGCCUGUGGCUGCAUGGUCACCUGCGCCUGGAGCAGCAGCUCCAUCAUCGCCCUGGUGCACACGCUCUAUGUGUUUCAGCUUCCGUUCUGCAGAUCUGCACACAUUAACCACUUUUUCUGUGAGAUUCCGUCUCUCCUGCCCCUGGUGUGUGAGGACACGUCCCAGUAUGAGCACACUGUCACCAUGAGUGGCCUUAUCUUUCUCCUGCUGCCCUUCCUGGCCAUUCUGGCUUCCUAUGCUCGGGUGCUGGUUGUCAUAUUCCACAUGGGCUCUGCGAAGGGGCAGACGAAAGCCUUGUCCACCUGCUCCUCCCACCUGACUGCCGCCGGCCUUUUCUAUACAACUGGUCUCUCCACCUACACCCAGCCACACUCCUUGCACUCUCCUGCCCGGGACAAAGUGGUCGCAGUCAUCUAUUCAAUCGUUACCCCUGUACUGAACCCGUUCAUCUACAGCCUACGAAACAAGGAGGUCCUGGGGGCUCUGAGGAGACAAAUGGGAUGA